CACGCAUGCUGGCCGCUUUACACUGGGUUGUUGAUAGCAGCUAGCUAGCUAGCGAGCAAGUAACAUCUUUGCAAAGGACCUGAAGCAGGUGCCAAUACUGCCUUCAUCAGUGCUGCACCACCAGCCGUCCUCUCUGUGCCUCCCAUGAGUUUUGUGGAGUACGCCGACCUCAUCCAGGAGGGGGAUGUGGCCAUCAUCUUCAUGGGCCACGACUCCAUGUUCCCGGUGAAGGUGCAGCAGGGGGCCCAGACCCAGACGCGCUACGGUGUGAUCCGCCACUCCACGGACCUGAUCGGCCGCCGUUUCGGCUCCAAGGUCACGUGCAGCAAGGGCGGCUGGGUGUACGUGCUGCACCCCACGCCGGAGCUGUGGACCCUUAAUUUGCCACACCGCACCCAGAUUCUCUACACCACCGACAUCGCCAACAUCACCAUGAUGCUGGAACUGAAGCCAGGCUCCGUGGUCUGUGAGUCAGGCACGGGCAGCGGCUCCCUCUCGCACGCCAUCCUCCGCACCAUCGCGCCCACCGGCCGCCUCUACACCGUGGAGUUCCACCAGCAGCGGGCCGAGAAGGCCAUCGAGGAGUUCCGCGAGCACAAGGUGGGCCACCUGGUCACCGUGCUCAACCAGGACGUCUGCAAGGACGGCUUCGGGGUGACGGGCGUGGCCGACGCCGUCUUCCUGGACAUCCCGUCCCCCUGGGAGGCCAUCGGCCACGCCAAGAGCGCCAUCAAGAGACACGGGGGUCGCCUGUGCUCCUUCUCCCCCUGCAUCGAGCAGGUGCAGCGGACGUGCGCGGCGCUGGCGGAGCACGGCUUCGGGGAGAUCUGCACCCUGGAGGUGCUGCUCCGGGUCUUCGACGUGCGCUCCGUCUCCCUCGCCCUGCCCGACUUCGGGCCCGACGAUCCCCUCCAGGCUGGCCCCGACGCUCCGGGAGAAGGGGGCGCACCUGGGACCCCCGCUGCUAACGCCACCGUCACCUGCAAGACGGCCAUGCCACCUCGAGAAAUGGCUGGCCACACCGGAUACCUGACUUUCGCCACUAAGAGCCUGGUGUAGGAAUUUGCUGUUGGAGAUUACUGUAGGAGACUGUUACUGGAGGCCUAAGCAAAUGUGAGGUGCACAAUAUAUAACAAGAGUUUGGCCUAUGUAACCAGCUCAGCGAGAAAACUUGUUUUUCUCACUGUUGGUCUCUCCUCACUACAUAGGUGUCCAUUGUCUGUACGCACAGCGAAAUCUUGAGAGAAUUUAACUUGAGAGGAAUCUGUUGAUACAUGGUGUAAUGCAUGUGUAUAGGCAUGAAUACAAAUCCACAGGUGCACAGAUUUUGGACAGAUGAGGCGGACCCAUCCGCCUGCUGACUGCAGAGAUGAAGAGCGGUGGAGGCAGCUGUGAAAAGAGGCAGGCAUAAGUCACACACCCUCUUAAUGACAUAGAUCAGUUAUUGUAAUGGGCUACCUGCCUUUUCUCAGUAUCACAUUUCCUUAAGUACUCAGUUUUCAGUUUUGAGAUUUUAUU